UCCACAUCGGUCACCACGGUAUGAGCUCUAGUUUAGGCUCCUAAAAAUUGGAAAAGGGAUAACUGAGUUUAUUCCGUUGUUAAAUUCUAAAUACCUAAAUAUUUACUGGCGUUUCUUGUGUCAAAUAAACCAUAAAAUUCAUUGCAAAAUGACGCGUGCAGCUCUUUGCAUGGCCGUCGCUUGCAUCUUUGUGCAAUGCGUCUACUCUGCAAAGUUCGACGAGCAGAACCGUCGUCUUAUUCUCGACAUUAACGACCAAAAGACAACGAACCGUCAAUACUAUUCGUCAAACGUUGACACAAAUGCCUAUCGGUAUGGCUACGAUGUCGGCAAGACCGGCAACUUUCAUCACGAGACCCGUGGUCCCGAUGGAGUUACCUAUGGCUGCUAUGGCCUCAUCGAUCCCUACCAUCUGCUCCGGGCAACACACUACGUGGCCGAUGCCCACGGUUACCGCACCGUAGAGCCAGAGAAGCCAGUGGAGACUUUCCCGCCACAUCUGUAUAACGAGACUGACGGCGGUCCCUCACAGCCGGGUAUUCUGCUGCAGUGGGAAGAACUGUAUUUCCCCAUUGGAUGUGGAAAGUUUGCGAAUGGCGCCCAACACGGUGUUCCAUUCUUCCUCGAAGAUUUCAAGAACAAGGGCGGUAGCAACGAUGCGAUACCAUCGUUCUCAGCUAACACAAUUGUGAUCAAGGGCUCCGACCAGAAGAGUCUGCCCAUCCACAAGCCCCUCGGGCCAUUGGUGCCCCAGGGCACGGGAAUCUUUGGCACGGAUAAGGGUCAUUCGGAUCUCAGCCAUCCCGGCGAUCAGGCGCCGUCGUUCCAUUCGGUGAACACCCUGCUACCGGGCAGCAAUAAUGAUGGCCAGUACGUGCCGGACAAUAAUCCCUAUGUACAUGUGAUUGGACCCAAUGGUGGUAACGGAGGCAGCGGCUCUGGAGGCGGUUUCGGUGGAAACGGCGGAUUCGGAGGCGUUGGCGGUUUCGGACCCAAUGGACCGGGUGGUCCUAAUGGACCAAAGGGACCAAAUGGACCUCCGGGACCACCGGGACCACCUGGCGGCUUGGGUCCGGUCGGCGCGGGAGGAGGAGCCUCAGGAAAACCGGUCUACAAGGACGGCGAUCGCACUGGCCUGGGCAGCGGUUCCGGAAUCGGUUCUGGUGAUCGCAUUAGCACCGGUAACGGUGGCGGUGUUGGUUCCGGCGAUCGUUACAUCACCGGAAACGGUGGUGGAGUUGGCGCCGGUGAUCGUUACACCACCGGAAACGGUGGUGGAGUCGGCGCUGGCGAUCGUUACACCACCGGAAACGGCGGUGGAGUUGGCGCCGGCGGUCGUUAUACCACCGGAAACGGUGGAGCCGUCGGUGGCGAUCGUACGGGAGCCGGCAGCGGUUACGGAAUCGAUGCCAGUGGCCAGUAUCGCCCGGACAAUGAGGGAACCUACACGAGCACCUACACGCAGACUGAGACCGGUUUUCCUGGGGCCAUUCCAUAUCAUCCAGAUAACGGUAAAUAUAACGAUAACAGCGGACGCUAUAACGGUAUUAACGAUGGUCGGUAUUAUCACGAUGAUUCGGGCAAAUAUGUUCACGUUGAAGGCCCCACUGGACCACCGGCACCCCCAUAUGUCCAUGUUGUUGGACCCGAAGGCGGAUACGGCGGUAACGGCGGCAACGGCGGCAAGGGAGACGGCGGCGGCGUAGGCCCCGGCGGCCCAGGCGGACCUAAAGGACCCGGCGGCCCCAAGGGACCCAACGGACCUCCCGGACCUCCCGGCCCACCCGGACCACCUGGACCUCCCGGACCUAAGGGACCAACCAAGCCUGGACCAUUCGGACCCCCGGGACCUCCCGGCCCACCCGGACCCACUCGUCCUGGACCUUAUGGACCUCCCGGACCACCCGGCCCACCCGGCCCAACUCGUCCCGGCCCACCAGGACCUGCUCCCAACGAUCCCCGUUACUCGGACAAGGAAACUCCCGGCUAUCUGCCACCAAACCAACCGGGUAAAAUCUCCAAGCCACCACCACCUCCAUCCUACUCACAAACCAUUGAAAUUGAACCACCAAAAACAGUUUUUAAGCCGAAUUACGAACACAAUAAUGAUUAUGCUAUUAAGAAAGUACCCGUAACGACAAAGCCACCACUAACCUAUAUUCCUCCUUCUUUCCCAAUCACUCCAAAACCCUAUGUUCCCGUUCCCGUUCCUGCUCCUCAACCUCCGCCAUCCCAAAAAAUAACGACGACGAUCGUACAGCCAAAGGUCCCGGCUAUCACUAUUGAGAAGGAUAAGCCACAUAAGAGCGUUACUUCACCGCCAGUGACAACGGGUAAUAUAGAAAACCAUACGUACUUGCCACCACCACCACCGACUCCCAAAUACGUGACCAAGACUCCGACUCCGAUUCCGACUCCAAAACCUACUCCGAAACCUACUCCAAAACCGACUCCUAUUCCGAUUUAUUACGAACCCUCGACACCACGACCUUUCGAAAAGGUGGUUGUGACCUCACCACCACAAAUCCAGUACCAUACACCACAGGUUCCCAAUGUGGUUAUUCCCAAACAACCCGUGACAGUACCGUACAAACCUGUGACACGACCUCCUCCAGUUUACGUUGAACCCAAAGUAACGCCACGUCCCUCUCCCCCAUUACAUGUGCCAUCGAUCAGCGAUCAGUCCUGUGUUUGUAACGCCGAUAAGACACACUCAUCGAAAAGCACCCUUACCUCAACCACAACCACAACCACCACGAACUCCUAUCCCAAUCCCGCCUCCGUUGACUUUAACAAACAAUUUUCCGGGUUCAAUGGACAAGCAAACUUUGGCAGCAUAAUAAACGCCAUGUCACUGACCCAAUUGCCAGUGAUACCUCAGGCACCCGGACAGCCGGCCUUCUAUCCGCCGGACAAGAUCCCCAAGGGAGCUGUUAUCGCUUUAAUGCCCGUGGUGAUCCUGCCGCAGGAGUACUAUUCCAACUGUGAGGAGAACUCAAUUAAUCAACACUCGAACAUCGAUCCCUUCCCGCUGGGCGUUCAGCCUGGUUCAUCAUUUAGCCUUCAUUCGGUGCUGACGGGUUCGGCACCCAAGGAUCAGUGCAUGUGCCCAUGCUCAUGCACCCAGAAUCUGCCGGGAAGAUUACACAAGAAACGCGAAGCCACCGAUGCUGAGGCUCCAGUGGAGGCCAAGGCAGCCGAACCCGUUGCCGCUGCCUCUGAAGAGGUGAAAGUUAAGGCUGAACCCGUAGCCGCCGCUUCCGAAGAGGUGAAAGUUGUGGUUGAACCCAUUCCAGCCGCCUCUGAGGAGACCAAGGUUAAGGUUGAACCUGUAGCCGCAGCCCCCGUAGAGGUUAAAGCCGAGGUUGAGCCCAAGCCCGCAGCAUCUGAAGAGGUUAAGGUACAGGCUGAACCCGUUCCAGCAGCCUCCGAAGAAGUCAAGGUAAAGGCUGAACCCGAAGCAGAGAAAACUUUGGCUGACUCAAAACCAGAAAUAAAGGCUACUAGCGAGACGAACUAAGACAAGGACAAGAGAGGACAACCCAAUACCCAAUCCCAGAUCCCGCUUAAAUCCCAUCCUAACCUCGAUCCUACCUCUUCCCAACAAGAAAAAAAACUAAACCUAGUCUAAGUGUUUUUAGUGUCUGCCAGGCAGGGCCAAGCCAACCAGCAUUUAAGAAGGGCAAAUCGAAUGGAGAGCCCAGCUAAUGUGUUCGCAUUCUUGUGUUAUAUUUCGAAAUCGAUGAUAUUGUUUUUAAACUCCUUUGGUAAAAAUGCACUCCAGACCGCCUGUCCACGAUGAGUUUCGGAGCUCUCUUAUGUAAUAUCUCCUUUAAAAACUAUUUGUAAUCUAAAUGUUUCCUUUGAGAGAGCACUGCAAAUUGGCAAGAAAGAAAAAUGAGAUGAGAAAAUUGUUUUGUGACAUGUUGUUUAUUAUGCAUUUGUGUAUUGCUUUUUAUUUUUUUAUGAUUUUAUUCAGUUUUAUUUCUUUAUGAUUUUUUAUCAACUUUAGUUCUUAGUUUAUUUAAUGUCUACUCUAAUAAUGAUUGAGACGGAAUAAUGAAUUGUUAUGUCAAAAGAGAAAUAUUGAAAUUAAAUAAAAAUUAAGAAAAAAUGCA